AUGUCAGCCUCUCCUACGCCCUACUCAGACGCUGCGGUCGCCACGCCGCCCAGUGCAGCUGAGGUCCGCUCCCAGGCUAUAGCCAAGCUCAAGCGAGCGGCCUCUUUGCCGAGGCAGACGAACGGUAGACGUCCCAGCCAGGGGACUACUCCGCAGCCGGACUUAUCGCUCGAGCGCAAUGGGUCUUUCUCCACUCCGGAGCGUCACCUCGACGCAGAGCAUCCAGAGGAGGUGCUGUCCCCUUCACCUACCGUGGGGACAUUCGACGAUAGCCCUUAUCACCCAUAUAUGAAUGGCGGGGCGUCCCUCCAACGGUCCGCUUCAGCUUCCUCGUCCUUCCAUAUACCCACCCCGCCUCAUCUCGCUGGCUAUAAUCAAGUCGGCACCCCGCUGUCCAUACCCCUUUCCGGAGACUCCCCUACGCGCGAAUGGUCCUCCGCCCAACUCACCCCAUCCUACUCCGCCCCAUUGACAGUCCCCGUCGGUCAUCCCGUUUCUGGCCGGAACACUCCGAGUCCCCUUCCGACGCUGGGCGAGCUCCGGACGCUUCAACGCUCCAAUAGCGCCGCCGCGCGCGCGAGGGCGAUGGACAAGUUGACGGGUGGGAGGGAGACGCCGGCAUUCGAGGAUCAGGCGUUGGAUAUGACGCCAACUCGGCCGGGACUGCAGCGGGCAGACUCGCUCGGCGCGCCGAGGAUGCUGGCUCCAGCUGGAGCGGCGGUGGUGAAGCCUGCACUGAAGGCGGAUCAUCCCCCGGUGGCGUUUGUGGAUCCGAAGCCAAGGUUGCAGAGGAGUUUUACGGUGGGAGGGAGCAAUAUGGGCGAGGAGAGAAGAAGCGCGGUAGGGAGGAGGAUGGUGGCUAGGUUGGGGGAGAGGAAGCAGGCGAGGGAGACCGAGGAGAAUGAGGUACGGCAGCUGUGGGAGGAGAGGAGGGCGGAGGUGCAGCCUGAGCAGCACGCGGAGCAAAAGGAGGGAUCAGAGGAUGACCGAGAAGAAGAAGAGUCAGAAUCGGCGGAACCAGAGCGGGGAUACUACGAGAACAGCACAGACGAGGAGGAAGAGGAAGAUUACGACGAGGAAGACCAAGCACCAGUCGUGCCUGGCCUCGUACGCUACUCGCCCACCGAACCCCCUUACCCCGGCCUCGGUCCACGUCACCGGGACGGCCAACUCGGUAUACCGGUCGAUGACCGUCCAUCCUCACGUACCACCCAAAUCUCCGAGGGUGAUGCCUUCGAAUACGAGUCUCACCUCCGCCGGAGCUUGUCGAGCCGUACAGCUCGCGGCGCAGUCGGGACUGUUACCGAAGCUCUUCCCGCUGGCCCUUCUCGCCAAGCCAACCACAACGAUGUGGAGCAGCUACACUACGCCGAUACUACCCAAAACGGCGGAGGCGGGGCCGAGACGCCCUUCUAUACCCCAUCGACAGAGGCACCGUUUUAUGACCUCCAGCCACCAAAUCUACCAUACGCUACGCCUUCAAGGCAUGUCGCCCGUGGAUCGGACGGGACGGAUUCAACCUAUUCGCCUGGCGGGGACUCGACGCUCUCGGGCGACGGGCUGCAGUCCAUGAUGUUUGUGAUGGGAACGGGAGGGCUGGAUCAUGGGAUUAAGAGGGAGACGGGGGGAUUCCCGGUGGAUGUGUCGGAGAAUGGGUUGAGUAACUGGGGGACGCCAGCGAAGGAUCAUGAGUCUCACCACUACAAUCACCCUUCCACAUCCUCCUCUAUCAGCAGUCCCACUCCUGCGACCCACAAUCCCCCUCCGAGCGCAUUUGACAACACCGUCACUCCCCUUGAGCUCUCCGCCCGAUCGUCCGUCAUGUCAUGGGAAGAGCUCGGCGGGGAUGCGGACCGCGAGAUCCCCAGUGAUGCUCAAUACUCGCAACACAAAAAGGCCGGCUCGAUGUCUAGCAAGGUCGGGCGGGUCGUCAAGGGCGCCAUGCGAAAACGGAGCCAAUCCCGCUCUUCUACGGGAAGCACCACCUCCGUCCCCCGAUCGCCCAAAUCCCUAGGCGAAGCCCUCUCGGUCGCCGUCCAGUCAUUCAGCAGUCGGCGGGGAUCCGCAUCCAGCGUCUCCCCUUCGCAGGCGUCGGUGGCGCGCUCGUUCGUCCGCGGAUCACCUAUGAGCCCGCAGGGCGAGUUUGUGCGGCAUCAGCCCUCCGUCAGCUCGUUGGCGCCAUCCCUGCUGGAUGAGUCGUCGGCGAACGGGCUGUUGUUGCAGCAUCAGCUCUCGAAUGAUCCUCAGCCGAUCCUAGAGAUGCCCCGCGCAAAGAUGGACGAUCCGCGCGUCUUCAACUCGAAACUCUCGCCGUUCCCAGGUAUCGAGCCGAAGAAGACGGUGGCCAAUGGUCUGGCGGUCCCGGAGCAGCCGAGAUUGCUGCAUCAGUCGUCAGACUCGGCGGUACCUACUCAGCAGCGCGUGACGCCCCAAGUUCCGGAUUCGAUUCACUCGUUGCCGCUUCCCCCACCUGCCCAGCCGCAGCCGCAGUCGCAGCCGCCGUCGCAAUCAUCGAAGCGGGACAGAAGGGGGUCGGAUGAUAGUAUAGGCCGGAAAGGAUGGCUCGCCAAGGCCAAGGCGUUCGGCGCGGGAACGUCACCUCGGUCCUCGGGCGGAAACACGUCCCGCAAAUCGAGCAUCACCGACCAGUGUCACACGUCCAUCUCGCGGCUGUCGCCAGAAAAGAAGCAUGCGGCAUUCGUGGAUGAAUCGGAUCCGUUCGCGGCUCCUCGGCCACCCUCGGUCAGUCGGUCCCGCGCGGUCUCGCCCAGCGUGUCGACGGUGGCUGAGGGGAAUGAGGAGGGGCACCGCCUGACGCAGUUUACGGUGCAUCGGAGCGCGAAUCAGACGCCGGUGCAUCCGGUUAUUGAGGAAGAGGGUGGGGCGGAAGCGACGAGCAAACAGGAGACGAAGCGGCGAAGUCUCCCGCCGAGGUCGUUGGAGAUGCUCGGGAGGAUGGAUGAGGUGUUGGCGCUGGGUCCGGAUGAUCCGGCCAGACCAGAAAUACUGGAUGAUCCGCCGAGGAAGCUGUUGUUGGCUACGCAGGUCUUGCAGGUGGUGGAUGCAAAUACUGUCAAAGAUCGAUACCUCCUGCUCUUCAAUGACAUCCUGGCGAUCUGUAAACCCAUCAUCGAGAGCGGUCCGUCAGCCAACCUCGACAUGCGCUUCGUCGUCAAGUCGAUCGUGUCCCUGGACAAGCUCCAACCUACCGGCUUUACGGAUGAUGGAUCUUCUCCUACGUCCAGUCGGGAGGGGCUCAUCAAGGACUUUGUCCACCGGUUCGCUGAGGACCCAUUUGCGGCGUGCUCGUUCCUCAUCGGCCAGUCUCAAUGGAAGGACGACCUCGCUGGACUUGCCAGGACCCUCCUCCGUGUACCAGAGCUCGACAAGACCCAGCUCGGCCUCCUUCUCGCAUCCGAGACGGCCAUCCUCCACGUGUAUCUUGACACACUCAACUUACGUACCGUCCAUAUCGACGAAGCCCUCCGGACCCUUCUCCUCUCCCUCCGCCUUCCUUCGAACCCCACUUCCGCCGAGCGCAUCCUCACCGGCUUCGCGUCGCGCUACUACGCCGCCAAUGCCCAUGACGUACCCUACGACCUGGAACGCACACACUCGCUCGUAUCAGGCAUGAUGAUGCUCACUGAUUCCAUUCACGAUGGGGCAUUCGGGUUCGGCACCCAUAAUCCCGGACUCACCGUUACCGUCUGGAUAGCGGCAUUCGGGGAGCGAGAUCCAGAUCGACUCGUGGGCGCCGACCUCCUCCGGUCGAUCUACACGUCGAUUCAGCGGAUGCCGUUCCAGGCCCCGAUGGGUGUGGAGGCGGAGGAGGAGGCCAGGCCAGUGCGGUUCAGCCCGGAGAAGCUGGCUAGUCGGUUGACGUACAAUGCCUGGUCUGAGCCAAUGACGAUCUCUCUUCCUGCGGCGGAUGCGGACCUCCAGGUCAGGCUGUAUGGGGAGGGAUUGGAGGUGGAGCCGGCGGUUUUGGACUUCGCGAGGAGUAAGGAGGCGACGUUUAGAGUGAGAGGGACGAGUCUGGGAGGAAAGACGCUCAUACUCUCUCGAGUGGGCAGGAACGCUCCUCUUUAUCCGUCGCUCAGUAUAGCCAAGACCUUCCACGUCGAACGGGCAUUCAUGAAGCACACUUUCCACCUCGCUUUCGCCACCCCCACGGGCCUCAAGCGGCGGUACUGCUUCUCCCUCCCCGACGCCGAAUUGCGCACCAAGUGGGGCGUCCUCCUUCCUCGUCAAACGGCAAUUACGCGGCAAAAGAAAAGUACGCCCGCUACGACACCGGGGCAAAAGAUCAGAGCGGCGGCGGAGGCGGUGGCGCUCUUGGUGUUAAGGGAUGCGUUGAUAUCGCCGUCACCAUCGGUGAGGGGGAGGGCGGAACGGUCAGGCAGUGUCAGUGCGGUUUAUCCGAAAGACCAGCAGAGGGGCGAAGGGGCCAGGAAGGGGGAGUUUGAGAAGCAUGAGCAUGGCGCAGGGUGCGGAGCGGGGACUAGGGGGUUCAUGGGGGAUACGACGGGGAAGGAGGUCGUUUUGGUGUGCAGGCAAAAUUCGGUCUUGCCGAGUAUGCUGGAGCUGCUUCAGGCGGGAUCAGAGACGAAGGAUAGAGGGGAGCGCUUUUGA